UUAUUUAAGAAAUAUAAUUUGUGAUUGAAUUUAAUUAUGAAAUGUUUUAAUUUUUUUUUUUAACAUAUAAUUUGAUGAGUGAGUUUGAGAUUUGUAAUUAUUUUUUGGAUCGGACUUAGGCAGAUAUAGAGGCCUGAUGUUAGGGUCGGGCCAGGUUUGGACAGACACAAAGUCUCUUAUUAGUGUUGGCCUGGCCUGAACCUGGCCUGACCCGACGUGAUGUUUGUCCACCCCGUAGAACUUAACCCCAAAAACUAGCUAUUGAGGUGAGAGUGCCUUCACGCUUAUUUACUACAUAUUAAUUUAGUACUCAAAUGAUUUGGGACUUCGUUUCACAUAAACAACCAAUCCACUAUAAAUUUUGAUGCAGCUCAAACAGAGUACAUGAAUGGGAUCACUGUGGAGAUGAUAAUGAUAUCCUUUUUCAUAAAUUUUAAAUCCUCACAUACAUAAAUGCAUUUGUAGAUAAAUUAGGUACUCUAAAAGAUUAACUUCCUACUAAAAUAUAAGGUCUUCUUCAUUAGUGAAAGCUUAUAAUAAUAUGCACAAUUAAAAUUCUCCAUUUUCCCACUUGCAUUACUUUCAGGCUUUGCAUAGCACUCCAAGGCACAUAUGCAAUUCUACUAGGAUAUCUCUGUAGAGCUAGUCUGCCCAUUCCUUGUUGGACUUGUAUAUGUGCAACGGGUAGAUCACUAUAGUGUGCCCGUUACAUAAGAUACCGCCUUUUCUUGCUGACCCUCACACCAUAAUUCAUGUGACUCUCAUGAUAUAUAGUUGUUAACACAAAUUAACAUCAAGAGAAUCUAAUGGAACUCCAGUGCAAAGUCCACAAAGGUUUUUCACUCUUUGUUUUGUCAUGCAUAGGUGAAAACAGAGCAUAAUGAGAGAAUGACAACAUCGAUCGAAUUAUUUGAUUCUGCAGAGAGAUGGGAAGAAUUCGAAGAUGUCAUCCCAAACUUUUCAGAUACCUCAAUAAAAUCAAAUACAUUGCUAGAGCAUAUGAAUAUGACCAAAGAUGAAUCUGAUUAUCUUUGGUAUACCUUCAGGUUUCAACAAAACUCAACAUGCACCAAGCCAUUACUACAUAUCGAAUCUCUUGGACAUGUUGUUCAUGUUUUUGCCAACAAAAUGUAUUUUGGAACUGCACAUGGAAGCCAUGAUGUCAAGGGAUUAACUUUUGAGAACUCAAUAUUGUUAAAUAAUGACAUAAGCAAUAUAUCAGUACUAAGUGUAAUGGUUGGAUUGCCGGACUCGGGACCUUUUCUCGAGAAAAGAUUUGCUGGAUUGACGAGUGUGGAGAUUCGAUGCUCUGAAGAAGUUUACAAUUUUACCGACCAUGAAUGUGGAUAUCAAGUUGGGCUUUUGGGAGAGAAGUUGCACAUAUAUGAUGAACAAAAUCUAAGUAACGUGGAUUGGAGUAAAACCAGAAUCUCCACUAAUCAGCCACUCACUUGGUAUAAGGUAUUCAAUAAUGCAAGUAGGUUUUCAUGUUUAUAGU